AUGUCAGCCAUGCUUAUUAGGGAACAUCAAACUGAUCUACGUCCUUUCUCUCCUCCAGAUAUCGAACUCGCCCAUGGACAAUGGUUACUCGAACUUCAUCGUCGUAUGGCUCAUCUCGAACAAAUCCGCGCUGAUACUCCAAACGACUUUGAAUACGGUGGUGCAGCUCCACUUAUGGCCGACUUAGCGAGGUGGGAAGACGCAGUGGACGAAGCUCGGAGGAUGGUAUAUGCUUUAGGAGGUGAAAUGAGACGUAGGAGCGAAGGAGAAGUACCAGUUUGGAAUCGACAGAAGGGUAGGGCGACCACAGGGAAUGGUAUGAUGAGGGGAUCGAGUGCUGGAUCGGCUUUGAGGCCUGGAGCUGUGGCUACUGCCAGGGGUUGA